CUGUGGGUUGUUUGGAUUUUCACAUGCCUUCAACAGUUUCUGUUGCUUCGUUUUCCUCUUGGGCAUCAAAUGCCACGAAAUGUACAAAUCCGGCAUUCAGUAAUGCCCUUAAUCGUGCGUGGUCUAACGUUUCGAUGCAAAAAGAUGUAUUAUCUGUCCUUGCAGCUGUAACUAAAACGAUCAAAGAUAAUGGUGGAAAGGAGUCUCCGGCGGAAUAUUAUGCUGUCUUGCUGACUUUGAUUAGCGAAUCACCAGAAAAGGUGGCCCCAGCGUAUUUACUGAAGUUACUAAUGUGCAAAGCUGUUCAGGAUUCAUUGUUACGCAAAACAUGUGGGGAAGCUGCCAAAACGUUAAUGAGUCUUUUAAAUCCUCGAAGUGAAUCGAGUAACCCUACACUUAUAAAAUCGGUUUUAACUUGUCUAGGUAGACUCUUACGUGCUCAGUCGUAUGACUCAUGGUCAGCUGAUUCUGUUCGUCACAUAUACCGUCAUGUGCUGCGUUUCGUUGACAAUGAAAAGCCCAGUAUUCGUAAGGCGAGUCAUUUAGCGAUUGUGGACAUCUUGAGUUCUUUCAAUGUGGUCAGCUUAACAGAAGAAGUCAACUUUCAUCCUGCAUGCCAUCAAACGCAGGAACACCUUAGUGCAGUUAUACGUGAAGAAACAAGGCAACUCAUAACCUCACUGCAUACAAAAGACGUUCAGUGCACUCGUCUUUUGCAUUGUCUGGAUUUAUUAACAACUGUAAUUCCUCUUCUACCGUCUAAAGAUGUCAAGUUGGCCUGUGAAUGUAUUCUCGAGUUAGCCAACUUUCCAAAUCCACUGGUUGUGACCAAAAUGUUCCACAGUUUUAAAACAAUGUUUGACUCAAAACCAUCAUUGAAAACCUUACCAAUUGAUAUAGCUGCACGUCUGAUAACUGCACUUUAUUCCUGUCGACCAAACGAUCCAAAUGUAUUUACACUAUCAAAUACAAAUAAUACUUCAUGCACUGGAGUUGAUGCAAUAAUCUCAUGGAUUCAAGCUCUUAUUUCAGGUUGUACAUAUUUAUCUGGUUUGUCUAUAAUGGCUACUGAGAGUGAUGAUACUGAGUUAAAACAGAAGAUUGGUAAUGUUGGACGAUUUACUAUACAACAGUUGGCUAGUGAACACUUGGAUCGUUUAAUUAAAACAUUGAUUUCGCUGUUAACUUCUACACCUAUUCCUCAGUUGCGGGAAGCAACUACUCAGAAAUUAAAUCAACUUUUCAUGGAUGUUGUUGAACCUCAAAUAACAUCGUGUCGACUCACUGAAAUACUACCAGACUUCAUUUCUCAUGUGUUGUCCGGCUUCAUAAACAGUCUUCAGUAUACACAUUAUGAGAUAUGGCAUCAUUUGUUAUCGCUUAUUGGACGAUUUAUAAUGAUUUUCUCCAAAAUUUAUGCUUCGGCCUCGACGACAGAUUCAACUGCAUUCAUGGAAUUAUUGAAAGUUAUACUACAUUUACGUGAUUGUUUAGCCGAUGGACCUAAAAGCCUGAUCAGUCUUAUCCAUGUUGAUCCAAACAGCUUUUCUCUAAUGGGUUUAGAUGAUCUUGGUGAGAAAAUUAUCGAUGGAUUGGAUAGUGUCUGUUUAAUAACUAUUGAGUACAUAGGCCCAGAAUUACUUACAUCUGAAAGUGUAUUUUCUUUGGAAACACUUGUCAAGGAAUUAGAAGCCGGUAGUAUUGAUCUUCGAAGAUCUUGGUUCCUACCGCUAAUUUCACGUGCAGUUCCACAAAAACCAUGCGCUUUAUCUAUCUUCAGUAAACAGAUUCUUCCACUAGCUGAUAGAGCGCUUUCUGUAGCUAGUUCAACAGCUGCUAUGACUGAUAAAACUAAACCUGCAAAUAAUGCAUUGAUCACUUUAGGGAUUAAAGUGGCUUGCCAACUCUGGUCUUCCUUGAAUAUGUUUGUACAUCGUAGUCCAACCGACUGGUCUGAACUGUCAACUGGUGGAUUAGGAUCUCGUCUUGUCAAGGAAUUCAAUUCAGCUCCUGCUUUAAGACCAAUCAUUCUGCAUGCAUUUCGGCGAUUAGCUAAGCUGGCAGCUGGUGAUGACUCCGCAACUACUGUUAUGCGCGGUGGAGCAAAAAUGGCACUUCCAGCUAUGCUAUCACUUUAUGAAACUUUAGAUACAACUACACAAUAUUCAAUGAAACAGAAAAUUCAAGCAACAUUAUCAUAUUACCUACCGAUUAUGUCAUCUAAGAUCAUCUGCUCAGUGACAAAAACUGCUAUGAACAAGUUCGACAAUACAAAUCAACCUAUCUAUCUGGAAAUAUUCCAUAUUGUAACGCCGUAUAAUUCUGUCAGUGAUUUGGAAGUGAUCGUUGCAAGAAUUAAUGACUAUCUGACUUUGGAACAAUUGUCAAAACCGUUGAAAAAACGUGCAUGUCGUGUGCUAGAAAGUAUUUGUGCUGGAGGGACUAGUCAAACUGAUGAAUUCUUAAAUUCAAACCUGGAUAAUCUUAUCCUAUUAGUUUGUGGUUUAACAAAGAGACUAGUAAAUAAAUCGUCAGAAAAGGCGACAACAACCGCUACUACUGCUGUGACAGGAACACUGCCGACAACAAUAAAUAAUGAUGAUGAUAAUAAUACUGAAUCGAUAGAGAAAAAGAUGACCAAGUUAUCAGUCUGCGGAAUGAAACUGGAUCAAUCAUCGAAUAAAACCGCCAAAUACUUUAUCCCAUGGAAACCUCUUCUACAGUGUAUUCAUCAUUUAUUUAAACGUUUAGUUACUUGUGAGCUGAAUGCUGCAGCUAACAGUAUGCAUUCCAAUGAGACUAUGGAUAAUGGUGAUUUGAUGGAGAAUGAACGUUUAAAAAAGUUUGCUAAUAUGUUCUUCCCUGAGAUCCUAACAUGUAUGCUCGAUUUGAAUCGUAUAAUACGAGAUUUAGCUGGUCGUCUAUUAAUUGGUCUUGUGAAUGCUUUUGCUGGUCAACAACCAUUCGAUAAAAAUAUUAAUUCCUUAUCAUUGUUGUAUGGAUCACGGAGUAAUUUAAACUUUGAUGCGAAUAGUUCUCGUCCACCGACAAUUAUGAAAGGUAUAAUGAAGGAUUCAGAUAACGAGGAUGAUGAUGAUGAUAAUGGGAAUGAAGGCGUUCGACAGGAUGGUAAAUCUGCGAUGUCUUUAGGAGGGUUAACAUGUUCCGAUGACGAUGAUGAUGAUAUUGUCUCAACUAAGUCUAUGCAACGUGGCAGUGUAAUAUCUGAACGGAUAUGUCGUGCUUUAAAUCUAGUCCUAUCACGUUUAUGGCCAUGUCUUCCACCGCAUAAUCGUUCCGCUGAAAAUUCAAUUGAUUUAGCCUUACAACAAUCAUCAGCUCGUGCUAUCUGUCUACUGAUGAAGCAUACACGUUUUAGACAGGCACUCGUUUUAAAUAUCGAUUCAGAAUCAGAAGAAAUUUGUCAAUUAGUAUCUAUUAUACUAAAUGAAGUGAAUUUAAUCAGCCAAAAUUUAGUGAAAUCUCCUCAACGUGUAUUAAUUCGUUUAGGAUUACAAUUGUCACGUUCACUUAUUGCCUUUAUUCAAGAAGGCUGCAUCAGUUUAGCUUCUGUGCUUGAAACUCUACAGUCCAUCCAUCCCACAUGUAAACGACCUUUGCGUUUUGUGGUAAAGUCAAUUCUAGAGAAGAUGAUAAAGAAGUUUGGACGUCAAGCUAUUCAAGGCCUGUUGAAUUCAGAGCACCAGAAAAUAGUUCGUAAUUCAGCUAAACUUAUUGCUCGUCGUGAACGUAAAUCAAAAGCUCUAGAGAAAUCGACAUCGAAAUCAACAGCAUUAUCAUUAUCAUCAUCAUCAUCGAUUUUUGGUUCUCUACAUCAACAAUUAUCAGACAGUGAUUCUGAUCAUAAUUCAAGAAAAUCUUUAAUCAAUGAUACUAAAAGUAUUGUAUCAUCAAUUCGCAGUAAAUCAUCACGUUUACCGAAACGAGUUCAUAUAACCCGUAUGGAUGAACUGUUAGCUUCUUCAAGUGAUGACGAUGAAAAUAAUAACUUCCUUAAAAAUAAAUCACAAUCUGAUCGUGCUUCAGUACACUCACGAGCAAAAUCAAUACGAAGUCAAACAAAAUCCCAUGAUGCUUUAUCAUCUAAGCAUCCAAUGUCACUUGUAGAAGAACUAGAAAAUGUUAAACAAACAGCAGGACUGUGCAGACGAUCACGUAAAAACUUCCUGCAAAAUGGAUCUCUUGAAGAAGACUUUGACAUGGAUAUUGAUAUUGAUAGUAGUGAAGAUGAUGAGGCAAUCAAUAAAGCCGUGUGUAAACAUCCUCUUCGAUCAAAACAGCAAGUCCGUUUUGCUGAUACAAUUAGUCGUGCUUCGACAACUCGUAGUCAUUUAUCGAGACGUUCACAGAAAGCCGCCCAACAAUUAGCAUCAACAGCAUUACAUCAUCAUCAUCAAGCGGUUACUGAUUCUGAUCUCUGGCUUGUAGAGAAUCCGAAUGAUUCAGAAAUUUUAGAUCUGUCUGAUCCUAAAUCACUGGCACGACAUACAGCUUUUGCACCAGAUGAUGUUACCGCGAAAGCAAUGGUCAAUGCUUUCAGAAAGUCAUUAGUUCAACAGUCUUCUUCUUCUUCAGAAGUAGUUGAACGUAGUCAACCAUUCCCCAUUGUGAAUGGUAAAAUUGUAAUUGGAAAUCCAGUCGAUGAAAGCCAAUUGGUUAAUAAGAAAGAUAAUUCGGAAUGGGCUCUAUCUGAUGACGACAAUGACGACAGCAGUCUACCGGCUACAUCUCAUUAUCAACAAAGCAAAUUAAUGAAAAGCAGAAAACAAAAGAGUCUACAAAUCCCUGGUCGUGUUUAUGCCUCAACAAAGGCCAGAGGUGAUAUGAAACGACGUGGUAUGCCUGAACCGUAUGCAUUUGUCCCACUCGGUGCUGGUAUAGGCAAAUCAGGUGAUACAACGAGUCAAAAAAUAACCCCACUUGAACGUAGACGUCUACUCAGAGAAGUUGGUCUCGGCAGACAGAAACGGAAACGAAUCCAGGGGGGCAGUAGUAAAGGCAUGAAAUCAUCAAUGAUGAUGAAGGCUAGUAGUGGUGGGUUGAAAAGUGGUAAAAAAUCAAAGUUUUCAAAGAUUAAAAACUUUUAAUGGAUUUAUAAUUUUUUUUGAAAAAAAAAAGAAAAGAGAAAUUUGACAGAUAAGCUUUGUGAUCACUUGUCUUGUACCUGAUCAUAAUGUAUUGCUCUCAUUAAAGCUUUUUUUUAUUUGAAU